AUGAGUUUUUUUGUUGAUAAUUUAUUUCGAACGACAAUCGCAAUACCAGUUGAAUCAUAUUCAUACGCUUUACAUUUGGAAGUAUUGAAUACAUUACUUUCACUUUUAUCUAUUCAAAUGUGUGCUAAAGAAGCAGCACUUAUUAGUGCUAUUUAUAGUAUAUUUAUGCAUCGACUUGAUCCAUUAUUAAUUUCGGAAUUUACACGAACAUUAUUAGAACAUUUUAUUAAACAAACAGAAUGUCCAUCAGCAUUAGCUGUUGCUCCAUUAAAUGGAUCGAAUGGAGAUAGUGGAACUUUAUAUAAAAUUGGACAAAGUGUUGCAUAUGGCCUUUGGUCUGUUGUUACACUUGGUAUGGGUUCAUCAUCGACAUCCAAUACUACAGAUGAAACAGUAACAGCUAAUGAUCCAGCAUUUGAACUUCGCAAUCAUCAUUUAGCAAAUCAAAGUAUACAUUUAAUUUUAAUUUUAAGUAAUCAUUUUACAAAUGAUGUUCAUCGUAAUCCAAUUGUUUCUUUAUUUAAUUUACUUGCACGUAAACAUUCAAAAACAUUAGAUCUUAUACAACAACAAUCAAAACAACAACAACAGCAAACAUUAACAACAAAUACUUCAAAUGAUAAUAUAUUUAAUGAAUAUGCACAAGAUUUAAGCAUUAUUGAAGAUGUUAUGAGAAUGGUUUUAGAAAUAAUUAAUUCUUGUUUAACACAUACACUUCAACAUAAUAUUAAUCUUGUUUAUACAUUACUUUAUAAUAGAGAUAUAUUUGAUAAUUAUAGAGCACAUCCUAGUUUUCAAGAUAUUUUACAAAAUAUUGAUACUGUUAUUAUCUAUUUUGCUGAGAAAGUGGAUAGACUUGAACAACGUUCAACUGAAUAUGUUAAAGAAGCUUUAGAAAUGGGCGCUAAACAAUUCCCAUUGGAUCGAUUGAAAAAAUUUCCUGAAUUAAAAUUUAAAUAUGUUGAAGAAGAACAACCUGAAGAUUUUUUUGUACCUUAUGUAUGGACUUUAGGUCAUCAGAUGCAUGUUCCACAUUCAAUAACAGUUGGUCCAGUUCGAUCCACAUUUCCUCGUAUUCAUCCCGAUGAUGAUCGAGUACCAGUUCGUAUGGAAGUACCUGAUCGACUUCGACCUGGUGGUAAUGGAAGUAUGAUAGCGCUGAACGAUACGGAUUUUUUUACAAACGAUGAAUCAAAUUCAUUAUCAGACUCUUUUAUUCAACAACCAUCACUGCCACCAAUACUUCAUCCAUCAGAUAUUAGAACUACAAGUGAUGAUGAGGAUACAUCAGUAAAUAUUCAAACAGGAGAUCAAGCCAUUACACUCAGUCAAUCAUGGCAUGUCGAACCAUUUCAUGGUAUUGAUGAUAAAAAUAUCUUAAAUAAACUUCAAUUACUUCAAAAUCGUGUGCGUUAUAUUGAAGAAAGAUUAGCUAGACGACAGCAUCGCGAUCGAAUUUUUUAUUCAUGUGUUAUUGGUUAUUUUCUACUUCAAGCUUUACUUUCUGUUCGCCGUUCAAUGCUUAAUUAA